AUGUCUUCUCUGACCAAUCCAAGCCUCGCCAAGUCCUUACGCCAAUACAUGCAGUCAACCUUCCGCGUUGGCUAUGGGACUGUCUCCCCACGCAGUCUAUACGGCAUUCAAGCCCCUGAGUUGAAAGUUGCCAUGGAUGAAGCCUACCACUAUAAAAUCGGUGCAAACGAGUUUGACCCUGGUGUCGUCUUUCCCGAGGUUCUCACCCUCAGCAACCAACUCUCCACCAUCCUACACCAACUCACACCCGCCCAAGAGACCAAGUUCGAAAACCAUAUCCUACAUUGCCUUGCUAGUAUGGUGUACGGAUCCAACAUGAUCGAGCGCGCCGGAGGCGAUUCCGACAGCACAUUUGGGCUGUGUACGGCAAUCUUCCUCGGAAAGGCAGUGGAAGGACCAGAAGAGAUCGAAGAAAUGAAGGAAGAGUUCCAGAUCCCAUACAACAAACUGCUAGCAGACAUCUCCCCUGCCUUGCGCAGUUACCGUGAAAUUGCGCAACACGCUAGGGCUGCCUCCUACAUCAUCGGUCAACUCUGCAUACACGACCAAGAUCUCAGCGAAGAGAUCAUUCUCCAGACUCAUAAGAUCUUAACGUACAAAGUUGACGCUGAAACCACUCCCUGGGAGGAAUACAGUGGUGUCUAUCGUACGGAUGAAGUCUCCGCCGGCCUACAUCCAUUCCCGCACCACAGCAUCGUGCCAUUCAAAAUGAAGGGAAUGGUCCGCGACCUCCAGUCUGACGUCAAAGAAGCUAUUGCUAAAGGCACACUCGACCCUAUCAGCAUGGCCUCAAAAUACACCCACAUCUUCGUUAAUAUCCAUCCUUUCAUCGACGGAAAUGGACGUAUGUGUCGUUUGAUCUUGAACUCUAUGCUCCUCAAGCUUGGCAGCUUUCUUGCGUGCAUCGGUGGGACAGAAGAGGAACGCACUGUUUACAUGGAGAUCGCCAGUAACGGAGGUGCACUUGAAGAUCUGUAUGGAGAUCUUGAUGAAGAUGAGAAACCGGUAAUGCACAAGGAGCUAGGGAGUCUUGUUCUGGAGCAUGUCAAGGAGAGUAUGCAAAAUCUGGUUACUAUGCUUUUGUGA